UGGAAUGUUUACUGAUUGGGGAAAGAUGGAAAAUAGUGGCAGUGAUCAACCGGCAGUCAAAGCGCUCCUCUUCCUUUUUUCUUUUAUUUUUCCUCUUAAGCUUUAUUCCGAAAUGACUAAAUACAUACAAUUAGGAUUCUCCUUUUCUAUAGCUUCCUUCCAUCACUACUUAACUUUCUUUUUCUUUGUCUUUAUAGUUUACCUUCUUCACUAACAAAUAAGUUUACCUUUCUUUUUUGGCCGUUCUUUGGGACAACCGAUUCUGUGAAGAGCAGCAAAACAUUUUACCUAAAGAAAAUGAGAGAAGAAAAUUAAUGGAAGGAAGUGGGGAUAUGAAAAGAAGAAAUUCAAGUUGAGGAGCUGUCAGUGAAUGAAAAAAAAACUUCUGGUUAAUUGUAUUAAGAUAAAAUUGAAAUUUUUGGAAAA